CUGCGCAGACAACAAUAAUUGCACAAUACGCGGAUAAUUGCACAAUCUGUGUUGGAAGAUAGGGAGUUGCCUGUGCCAAAGGUUUAUAUAAGCGAGGGUAAUCUGCUUGGUAGUAGGUAGUGUUCGACAGUAUUUUGGAGGUAGAUGUCAAGGAUCGUUUUCGUGUAUUCCUAUAAAACGAGCGAUAAUGGAAACUUGGCUUUUGUAGAAGCAUCUGUGCUCCGUCGUUUAUUCUGGGUCUGUGCGGCGUGACGGUGCCGAGCCAGGGUCCAGCUCUCCAACGCGUCAGGCGACUGAGCCUUGAACGCGACAGGGCAUUGUCAACUUUUUACGCUUCCAACAGCAUUCUGCACUUGUCUUCAAGUACAAUCGCCUACUAUGGCAGAAGAUGGGCCACUGCUCAAUUUCUUCCCUGACCCGCCGCCCUUCUUCAAGCACUUCACGACCGAGAAUCUUGACCGCCUCAGAGACAUAGAGAAUGAAGCCAGCAAUGGCGCCGAAGCUUCCACGAACACCGCACACUCCUCUUCGAAACUAUCUGCCGAGCAGAUCCUCGCUCUGCCAACCGAGCUCCGUUAUCUCAUCCCACCCCCACCACCAAGCGACGAUGAGCCCUUUCACGUUUUUGGCGAACCAGCCAAAAGCUCUGGCACGAACAAUUUCACACAGAUGAUGGAGUUCGUCUCGAAAACGCUGGGCUCACAGUUCAUCUUAAGCGACUGGACCUACACGCAACUUUACCCCUCUGCCGUCUCGCCCUCUGCCGAGCCGAGCUCGAGCUCGCACUCCACCGACGCAAACAUCGACCGCCAGCAGUACCUUAAUCGCUUCAACCGCUCUAUACUGCUCGAAUACUUGUCACUACUAGGCAUCUUGGCACUGGAUCCGAAGAGUGAUCAUAAGGACAGGAAAAUGAAGCACAUCCUCACACUGGUGUGCAAUAUGCAUGCACUCAUCAACGAGUACAGGCCGCAUCAGGCGAGAGAGACGUUGAUUAAGAUCAUGGAGGGACAAGUCAGACGAAAAAAGGCAGAGAUCGAGGGCGUUAAGACGAUGGAGGAGAAAGUUAGGGGUGUCCUCGAAGGAUUUGGAAGGGUGGCGGAGUCAGAUGGCGAGAAGGGUGGCGAUGAGGAGCUCAAAGACAUGGUACACAAGGAAGUCGAGCAGGAUAGGAGGAGAGACACACAGAAGGGGAUGUGGGAUGCUAUGGAAGAGAUAUUGGGCCACUGAACAUGGUUCAGCGAGGCGAAUCAUCGUUAACGGGGCCCUGCUCAACCAGA